UAAUCAUAUUUACAGUUGAGAAAAUUUGGAAGACAAGUGAUCACACGCGUUUUUGCGUUCCUCUAACUUGUCAUUGUUUCUCGAUUGAUUUUUCGACUUCGUUUAGAAUCAAGAUGUUUGGUUUGAUUAUGAUCAAUGCUGGAUUGUUGCUGCAGGUUGUAGACAAGCUCUACGGCUAUCUGAAGAGUGACUCAGGUCUCAACAACGUUAGCGAAACUCCUUUCGCGAAAGUGGAGAAGGAAGACCUUGACGGCCCCACCGACAGCGCCCCAAACAUCACAGCGGGAGCAAGCGGCUCUGCACCCGUACCUGGACAGCCCGACAAAACUACCGAGAAGGAGGAAAGUUUUUGCGGGGUUGAACCCGGAUUUUUUAUGCCGAAGAUGGAGGUCACAAAUACGGAGGACGCUAGCGAGGUAAGCGAGACCCCUAGCGAUUUGGAUGGACAAGACAACCCGGGGGAGGCGCCACAGGCAACCAGUGAGGGCGGAGCGGCCAGCAGUGCUGUGGUACCUUUUGUACCGCAAGCCCGUCCCGCCAGAUUGACGCGUCGCCAGCUGCUGUUGGCCAAAUGGCAAGUGUGCCCCGUCCUCAUGUUGGACAACGUUCCCGGAACCAACAGGUACUACGUACGACCUAUAACGGACGGCAGUCAAGAAGCAAGUGGUGAAGAAGCAAGGAAUCUCCUCAGGGACAUGAUAAUCGCUAGACGGGCAUGGGCCGCCGGUGGACUGUAUACGUAGAUUCAGACAGCUGUGACUAAACAAUAAUGUUUGGACAUUAGAUUCAGAAAGAUAAAGUUAUACAAUGCAUCGGUAUUCAGCUAGCUCCAAAGGGGAUCUAGAGCGUUUUCUUUUAAGAUCGGACUUAAAUUUUCCAAGUGUUUUUAUUCCAAUCUUAAGUAUUAGUACUGGUUUUCAUGAGAUGAUCUAAGUAUAUCAAAAAGUCUUUGUUUGCCCAAAGCAAAUAGAAAAUAAAGUUGUAAUAAUAAAUGGGUUUUAUUGAAGGAACACUUGGCAGCCGGACGGCUGAAUUACAUGUUUUGUACAUUAAAAAGUACAUUGACAAAUCGGGUUUACUUAAUAAUGGGCUUAAAUCACAUAUCAACAUGUAUGUAUAUAUAUAGAUAUACGAACAGUUAAAACAUUCUGGUUUACCGUUACAAUAUGCUAUUCAGGAGCUGUACAAUGUAAGGGAGUGGGAUUGUAGAGUAUUGUACAGUGCGGGCUGGCAACUGGUCAUUGACAAGUUUGUUUUUUGUGCUGUCUAGUUUCCCUACCACUUAUGUCUCCUCGCAGCCGUGGAAACCAAUGCCUGUACUAUUCAGACUUGUUGAAGUUCUGUAUUUCUUGUUUUAUAGUUUUAAAACUUUCAUGAAUAAAGAAAUGAAGAUCUGGAAA